CUUUCAUUUCAAGGCAUAGUUUAAUCAUGAUCUUCAUCUAAUAUUGCAGUGACUCUCCAUUCACGAUCGCCCUUGUUUGCGGUGGCAUUGCUGGCCUUGCUGCCACAGCAGGUGAAAAGAAAGCUACUAAUUCAGAAUUCUUAUCGUUAUAUACACAUAAAUCAAUCAAACUAACUGCUUAUUGUAUUUUUCUUAACAGCAACAUUUCCGAUCAACGUUGUGCAAAGAAGAAUGCAGACCGAAGGCCGCAAAGGCGCCGGUUGCAGGCGAGGAAUGCGCCAGAUGGUUAGCGAGAUGGUCGAGAAGGAAGGCGUCGGUGGACUGUACAGAGGCAUUCAGCCGCACUGUUUGAAGGCGGUUGUUGGCCACGCAACUGCCUUUGCGACGUUCGAGAUGGUUAAGAAUGGCUCCACCUUCUUGGGCAACCAAGCUUUUGGCCUACAACAUCUUUGAUUACAGAGAUCGAGCUUCAUUCCUCUGUUUUCUUCUGCCUCUUGCUUGCUGCUGCUCUGCUUCUGUCGUCCUCUGCUCGAUUUUGAUUGAAACGACUUGGGUUCUGGAUCAGGCUUUGCUUUUCUCGUUAUUCGGUUAUAUUCGUGUGGGCCGUGGAGUGUAGUGGUCUCGGUUAUGGGCUAAGCCCGUUUACCUUUCCGUUUUAGAAAUCGAUCCCUAGGCCCGGUCCACGAAGCGAGUGUUUACCAAAUCUGUUUUGUAUAUUCAUCCCGACGAGCCAAACCAAGCAAACCUUCUGUUCUGUAAUUCAAAACACACUUUUUUUUUUUUACUUCUAUUUCCUGUUCCGCCUGUCCCCUUCUCCCUCCCAAAAUCCCGUCCCUCCUCAGUCAAUCCUCCGAUUUCAGUGAGAAGGAGAUGAUGGCGCAUUGAAAUUGAACCUGACACUACCACGUCGCCCGCAUGAUUUCUCGCCGGAGGACAUACAUACGGCGUGCUCCCGGCCUAUUCUCAUGCAGGUAAGCAGGAAAUUCAAAUUCAGUCAUUCGUUUGCAUUUCGAGUGUACAAUCCGCACCGGCUGGGGUUUCGAGAGUGAGAAAUAGUGUUUUUGGUGCGUUACGCCAUUGAAUGACACUAUGGGAAUUCAGUUUUUGUCGUCUCUCUACAUCCGCCCGGCGCUACAACUCUUCCAAACCUUUAAAACCGGCUUGGCUGCUGAUAUCCGGCGCUUCAACGUUCUCUCGCCGCUGCUUCGCCAGCUUCAGACCAGAAUGGGCUUACCGCCUUGAGAAAUCCCAGGCCUUCGAAGAAUGCGACACCAAGCAGCAGCGUUCAGCUGAACUGGGACUAUUUGCUGGGUUUCACAUUGCUGGGUCUUUAACUGAUCCUUACUUCAUUAAUAAAGCCGUCUCAUUUUGUGCCAAAUCUGCGUCUUUCUUAGCGGGCAUUCAGUUACAUUCGCCAAUAGUGAAGCUGGGUUUUACAUCAAACGUGUAUGUGUAUAGCGCAGUUGUCUACAUGUAUUCCAAAUGUGGUGACAUCCAGAGUGCGCAGAAAAUAUUCGACGAAAUGCCAGAGAGAAACGUUGUCACGUGGAACUCGCUUAUUUCUGGCUAUUUGGAUGCUAAUUUCCCGAAAGUGGCUGUUCAAUUAUUUGUUGAGAUGCUCCGACAGGAAAAUUCAGUUACGCCAUUCAGCCUUUCUAGUUGUCUGGUCAGCUGUUCACAAUUGGAGCACAGGGACCUCGGAGAGCAGCUUCAUGCAAUAAGUUUGAAAGCGGGGUUUGGCAAUCAUGUUGUCGUGGGGACCGGUCUGAUUGAUAUGUACUCAAAGUCUUGUAGCGUUGGCCUGUCAAAGUUGGUGUUCGACCGUAUAGCGGAUAAGAACCUGAUUACUUGGACAUCCAUGGUUACUGCUUAUUCACAGAAUGAAGAACCUUGUGAAGCAAUGGUGUUAGUCAGAGAGAUGAUUCAAUUGGGUUUGAAAUUGAAUGGUGUGACGUUUAACAGUUUACUGAGUUCAUUUUCUACUCCAGAUCACUUAGAGUGCUGCAAGCAAGUUCAUUGCUGUAUAAUUCGUCAAGGUUUAGAGUCUAAUGAGUAUAUUACAGCAACACUUGUGACUGUCUAUUCGAAAUGUAGUCGUAGCCUGGAAGAAUUCGUAAAGGCAUGCUCUGGUGUUGCAAUUUGGGACCAGGUAUCUUGGAAUGCCGUGAUUGCUGGCUACUGCAAUCUAGAAUGUGAAAAGGAAGCUUUCAGAUGUUUCUGUGAAAUGAGGCAGACUGGGACUGAUGGUGACUUCUAUACAUUUACUAGUUUGGUGGGAGUGAUUGGGAGUAGUUCUUUCCUCGAAGAGGGAAGAGAGGUUCAUGCUCUCAUUUCCAAGACUAGGUAUGCUUCAAGUUUGCAUGUGCAGAAUGGGCUUGUUUCCAUGUAUGCAAGAUGUGGUGCUAUUGACGAAUCCAAAAGAAUAUUCUGGUCGAUGCCAAAACAUGAUGUCGUGUCAUGGAACUCGCUUCUAACAGCAUGUGCACAUCACGGAUAUGGUAAGGAGCCGUGGAAUUAUUCAAAGAAAUGAGAAAAAGCAAGACAAAACCAGAUGCUACCACUUUCCUUGCGGUGCUGUCUGCCUGUAGCCAUGUUGGUUUUGUAGAUCAGGGACUCGAGUACUUCGAUUUGUUAAAAAGUGAUGCUUCAGUUGGUCCCCCUACAUUAGAGCAUUAUGCUAACGUUGUUGAUGUUUUUGGUCGAGCUGGAUACAUAAAAGAAGCAGAAACUUUUGUCAGCAACAUACCAAUAAAACCUGGCCCCACAGUCUACAAGGCUCUGCUUAGUGCGUCUUUAGUACAUGGUAAUAUGGAAGUUGCAGAGCGUUCUGCCAGAAAGCUUGUAGAUCUGUGGCCAAAUGAUAGUGCAACAUACAUCAUGCUAUCAAAUAUGUUGAAAACAAGUGAUAAUUGGGAUGAUGCAGUAGUUGUGCGCAAACUGAUCUGUGACAGAGGCAUGAAGAAAAUACCUGGUUGUAGUUGGAGUUGAGAUUGAGAUUGUUCAUUGUGGACACUUGAACUGUAUGGAGUCCCUUAUGAAAUUCCGAUAGUGUCACUUCCGGGAUUGCAGGUUGAAAUCAAAAUGGUGUACCUGAAUUUGCUAUGAAGUAUCACCCUGUUGACAAUUAUGAGGUAUAGAGACGGGUGGAACCGAGAAACGACAAAAGCUCAUUCUCAUAGUGGCAUGCAAUGGCGGAACCGACUGCACCGCUUUCGCCUUUGCUUCCCAUCUGUUUGACCUCACUUUUUUACUGUUUGAGACCCAGAAAGAGUGAAAGACAAACAAGAGACAUGUUCGUAUUUACAAGCACAAAUUGUAGACGAUGCUAAUUGCGGGGUAAAGAGUGAAAGACCUUCACUUGCCGUUUCUUCUGAACCUUAGAGAGGGAAAAGGAGGAAAAAUGGUUGUUGGUGGGAAUUAGCAUUGAGUUCUUCGUACUGUAAUUGUGAACUACCCAUGAGCUCAAGCCCUCUUGACAUUGCCUUUUUGUUUUAGAGUGUAGGGAAUGGCUAUCGAGACUCGAACUAGCCGUGGGUCUAAGGUCAUUCGAAAAGGACUCCUACUGGCAAGUCCUCACCUAGUCCUGGUUGUGCAACACUUCUGGACUUAGAAGGUCAGAGAGAUCAUUGAAGAAAGAUACAACACCGAGCCUUCCAACUAAUGGGAAGUCUGGGAGACUUCAGAAGCAGUAAGAGAAAAAUUGAGGCCACCAUGAAGAAGAUGAUAGGUGUAAGAAACAAUCCUCAUCCAGUUUUUCUGUGUCAGAGAACUCAAAUUCAAGUUUGAGCUCAUUGACUAUCCCCAAAAAAGAGAAGAGCAUGGUAAGUUGACCCUCGAUACCAAAGAGGUCCGCAGUUGUGAGGGGGAAUUGUCAAAGCCGAGGCAGAGAUUUAGCGCACGUGCGUACAAGCAUUUUUCAAGAAGCAACACAAAGUUACUGCAGAAGGUAGUUACAAAUGUUUUUGCUUCAGUAAAUUGUUGUCUCUACGUUGCUUCUCCCAUGUUGACCUCCACCCUGUUCAAUUGCUUGCUUAUGAGGGUAAAUAUAUUGAGAUUCUGUUUCAUUUUGUUUCAGCUUUUCCUGUUCAGCUGUCUCCUGAUUGAUGUUUCUUUAUUUUUUCAGUUGAUUCUGAAAUCCUUCCAACUUCAGAUGCAACUGCUGAGCAGUUGAAUGAUAUUUCCGGGAGAUGUGAACAUAUGCAUCCUGGAGAUACUUUUUUGGAUGGCACAAUAACUGAUGAAGACAACUCCUUGUCUAAACGGAAAAUAAAUGAAGCAAAUCUAGAUGCUGCAGAUGCAAUGGUUUCAAAUGAAGAUGCCAUCAUCUCUCUUUCCAUUGCAGUUGCACUGCAAGAUCACUCUCAAGAGAACUGCGUGUUGGAUACUUGUGCCAGAGGCGUCAAGAGGCAGAGGUAUUUAUUUUCACAUUUCUGUUGUUUCCAUAAAGAUCUGAUAAUGUGAUUUGGCAUCCUGCUAUUGAUGAGAAAUGAGAAGCAACAUUAGCAAAAUUGGUCUUUUGCCUGAAUCAUUUGAAUUAGCCUCUAGAAACACAGGUGUUCCAGCUACUCAUAUCAAACAGCUGUGGCUAUGGCUAUGUCUUUGAACUGAGAAUAAUCGCUUCUCAUGUUACUUGUCUACUUUUGAUGUUGCAUGGGUGUGAUACUCUUUGACAAUGUGUUGUAAACUUGUCCCUCUUGCUUUAAGAAGAGACAAAUCUCGCUCAUUCUUGGUUUUCUUUGCAAUGGUUACUACUUACUAGUGGAACUACGUUUGUUCUUGACGAAAAGGGCCCUUCAAGUAUUUGUUUUUCUUGUUCUUGGAGAAGGAUAUGAAACUGUAGUUCCUUACCUUUUACUUUGCUUUUCAACUGGUGACAUUGGAGCCUCGACUCCCGCUGACCUCUACUUCUUCCUUGUUUUAUUGCCUCUUUGUUUUUCAACUUGAAGCCAUCAAUAGUAUGCAGAAAUAGCCUGCCAAGUCAUCAUCCACCAAGAUCAUUAUCAAGCUCCAUCAAGAUAAUUAGUAAUCUCCAUCUUCGUGGUUCUCAUUUUAUUAAAUCUGGAAUCCAAUAAAAGAUCUAUAUGUGUAUUCUUUGAUACUGAGCUUCAUAAGGAACCUACAAAACAUACAUAGAUAGCAGAACCGUGUUCAGGGUCUGAAAUUUCCAGUAGUUUGAGAGUUAUGACUUCUUUGAAUCUUCUUGUAUCAGCUACUUUCUUUGUGUAUCUGUCCCUGUGUCGCAUAGGAUGUGUGAGGGACAGUGCUUGGUGUGCAUUGUUGCUCAGAAUUAAUGUUCUACUUGGUGUGCAUUGUUGCUCUCAGUGGGAUUUGCUCAAGAGUAUGGUAACUGGUAAGGCAGCAUGUGAAUUUACCCAUACCUAAUGUGCUGACAAAUAUUAAUCAUUACUGCCAGAAAUUGGCUACUGCCGAAGGUUCACUGGCGAAAGUCUCAUGCUUACCAGCUGGACUUGCCCCUGGUUUACACUAUCAUCAUCUGGAUGUCGUGAACAAUCUGCGUGACUACUGGCAUAAAGAACAAAUGCUGUCAUUCUUGAUGAACAGGUAAUCUUGAUAAGUACUUUCUUUUAUGUUGGCUUCUGGUUUCUAUAUUUUGUGGUGUCUAGCAUUGAUCUGUGGGGAAGCGUUUUCAGGCUACAAUAUCUAUCUCCCCAUUGCCGCUGCAAUAUAUGUACAAAUGGGAAAAACCAAAACUCAUUUGAGAGCCCUCUGUCUAUCCGAAGAAAAACUAUACUAAGCAGAGAGAAGUACUAGAAACAGUCUAGCAUUCAGCUGGAAAGGGAUAAUGAUUUUUUUCAACCUAAAAACAUAAAAAUGGGAAAUAGAUGUAGCUAUAGUAUGUCCAUGGUACAAUCUUCACUGCAGCAUUUUAUAGAUUGGGAAGCUCUGUUCUAUCCUUAAAGUACACACUCAUACAUUCCUUGUCUUUCCUGAAUAUGUUGUUAGUAAGUUGAAACUGGAUGCAAAUCAUAAUAAGAUCCUGAUGAACAGGAUCCUGGCAGAGGCUUUCAGGUCCAAGUGCAUGGAUAUCAGGGCAAGUAAUUCGCCUGGAGUUCUACAAGGUAGGUACUGAUUGUUCUACUAUGUCAUCAUUGCAUUGGCUGUUUAUCUUGUCAGUUUGCUUCUUAUGAGUAGAAUCAUACAUGGCAUAAUUAGGGGAAUGCAUGAAAUAGGAAAACCGUGCCCAAUAUUGUUCAUAGAGAUUUCAUUGAUGUUCUGGCGACUUCUGUGAGAUAUAAAUUCCUCUUGGAGUGAAGAACGUCUAAGAAAAGCUGUCUAGUUGACCCGUAAGCUUAGGUUGCUGUAGAAAGUGCGUGUUGUGAAUUCAGGAUUCUAGAUAAGGUAAUAUAGUCUCUGGAAGUCA